AUGAAUUUUGUAUUGGCGGUGCUGUCCGUAGCCAUUUUCUCAUACUGGUUUCUGAUUGUUGAUGAGGACGAGCCUCUUUGCCAAAACAACCACGAAUCGAAGGUAUAUUUCAAAUGACUUGUCCUUGAUUCAGAUGAACAGAAUUCAGCCCUACAGCACACAGUCACAGACAAUCACCUUCGUGUGUUAUCUAGUCUUCUUGUGGAUGUGAAUUUUUCAUCUAUCCUUGAGCGCAUUAAUCUCGUUCGACCCGUUGGGUCUGAAAACCACCACACUGUUCGAGAGGUAAUUCGUACCUUAUUUGGAAUGGUUAUUGACCUAGUACAUAACCUCAUUCCUUCGAGAACUUGGCUGGCAUGUCUCGGAGGAUGCAUUUCAGGAGUGGACAGUGCUUGGAGAGCAGAAUUUUACCAACAUUAUUGCAAUUAAUCAAUUCGAUCUUCCUAGACGGCUAGCCCUGGCUUGUCAUUAUGAUUCGAAGAGGAUAAAUGGGUUCUACGGAACAACUGAUUCAGCAGUUCCUUGCUCGAUGAUGUUGGUCAUUGCCAAGGCAUUGAAUCCUUUGUUAAAGUCCUCAAAGGUACAUCUCUCUUUUGCUUUCCUCCCAAGUCAGCAAAUUGUUGGUUAACUUACCCCUACAUUUCACGAUCAACCAGCGUGAGCGUGGCUCGGCGUUCAAGGCUGCCAACUUUCAUUAUCACCGAAUAACUUUGCCAGCCUGCUUUGCUGGACCGUAAAACGCGCCGUCUAAGGGCAUUAUCUGAAUCGUAGUUUGGCUUUGUUGGACGCCGUUAAAAUCUGACAGAAUUUCGAAUUUUUAUCACACCUGAUGUCUCAAGUAGUCAGCCUUUGUAGUUGGUGCACAAGCGCUUAAAACCGUCGGCUGAGGGUGCUUUGCUGCCUCUAGCCUCUCUGGACAAGUUAUUGACAGUAUUCCAGCAAUUAUUGGUUUCUCCGUGAACGAACUUUUGCCUUCUAGUUUUUAGAUCUCCACAGAGAGAAAUGCGCCAACUUGAAGCAAAUCAUUUGGAAUGAAGCUUCAUAGGCUCAGUCUGGAAGUUGACAUGAAUAUUCGAGCCGAAAUCCAUCAAAUUCAGUGGGACAUAUGCAUAAAAUGCCAACAGGGCCAAUUGUACGCACUUAUUGCGUGAUUUGGUGUACUGACAGCACAGGUACGAGCCAAGAGUCCGAUGGAGUUUUCUCUGUGCGGAAAAAAACAUUUGACGCAUGCACGACUCAGUUAUGUUUCAUAAAAUUUCGUUCCGGGAAUCUGAGUCUUGACGAAAGGGAAGGUCGUACACGUCCCUCCAUCGGUUGUGACCACCACUUGCGGCUUCGGGUAAAUCUACUCGAGGGUUAUCGAAAAACCUGAACGUUUGAGCUAGGUCAAGUCGGAAGGGCGAGAUAGACGUGUUUCACAGCAAUUGAAUCAGUAGACACAUUGGUAAGAGCUUUGCUGGGCACUUUUUUAGUUCAACAAGACGGUCACUGUAUUGGUCGAAAUGCGGCGAUGUGUGGAGAGUGAAUCCUGUACCGUCACCGCCAGCGAUCGACCCAACGAUAGCCGAAUCCAACCGCCCAAAGCCAUGUUAUAUCAGAAAGGUCCCGUUAUAACCGUGCUGUUACCUGACCCCGAUCGCAUCCACUACAACAUCCACUCAACAAAGUGUCCGAGAAGCAACGCGAUAAAAAUCUGCCGUUGAAGUUUUCCGAAUGUCUGUAAUGACUGCAUUCAAUCACAAGUUUCACAGAAGACGUUCCGGAGGUUGGACUAAUUCGUCCAUCGAAGCACCUCACCCUGCAUGUUCGCCAGACCCCAUGCCAACUAAUAAGCGCUUCUUAGCCUAUCUCGGUAAAAGCUUGCAAGAUAAAAUCCUUCGAAGUUAAACCGCAACUGAAAAUGCUUUUGAAGAAUUCACCGGUUCCAGCACUUCACAUUUCUGCUGGGGCACGAUAAAUAGACAUGUAUCUCUUUAGAAAAAAAGGGUGGAGAUGCUGGUAGUUUUUAUUGAAAUCGGGAACUUAUUCCAAAUAUACGUAUAAGCUUUUAAAUUCCGUGGUUGAAAACUGGAAGGACGCAAGUAAAGGCUGCGUUUCUUGGGUCUGAGUUCUCGUCCUGACCCGUUUCAUCGCUGAAAAUCGAGGAACGGAUAAAUUGUUGUGCCUAAUUACCCGUUUUCCUCAAGUACCAAGGCAAGGCAUAUGACUUGUCAAUACAUGCUAUGGUUUUUCUUCAUCCACUAAAGGUGGCCUUGCAGCUUCUCUUCUUUGAUGGUGAAGAGGCAUUCGUUUCUUGGUCUCCCGAUGACUCCAUCUAUGGUUCCCGUCACCUGGCUGCGCAAAUGCUUCAGAGUACCAGUGGUGCCGGUGCGUGUACUGACUUGUCACGAAUUGUAAGUUAUACUUUGUGUCAUUGUUCACUCUGAGCCGCACUAAAAAUCAGCCAUACUACCUUAGUUGUAGGAGUUUGAGGGCUUUCUUCAUACACCUACGAUGUGGACCCCACAUCGACGAAUGUGGUGCAUAUUUGACCCUGCAGAGUCUCAGUUACAUAAGCUUUUUACACGGUCCCAGAAAAUUGGGCCUCAGAACUCCUAUUCUGGACGCUGGUGAUCGGUUUAUACUUACUCAAAAAAUUAUGCAUUAUUUGAUAGGGGGCCGUUUUCAAAUACUCUAGUGAGAUGACCACGCAGUUCCUUACUAUACGUACAUUUUUAAGGUCAGGUUUUAAAAAAAACAGCUGAGUAUACCUCCUUUUGCUGCUACCUUUAACAUUUUUCCUCCAGGGCACGGUAGGUCACCAAAAAGGACUCAUGACGUAGUCCUAAGGGCCAGGUUGGGACGUAAACCCCUUCUGGUUUUUAAACUGAAGAUAUUACACAAGCUUUGUUAGAAUAAUGCCAAUUUGUGCUGUCUAAAAGUACCUUAUUUGCAGUGUUUUUUCUCCUUCCGGGCUAUGCGAUAUUUUGUCGAAAUUGCGUGCAAACUCGACCCCCUAUUCGAAAACACAUUAGACCUGUUUUGCCCAACGAGUGUCAUAGAGUUUUUUUGUGCCAGCACGACAGCUAUAUCCGCCCAAUGCACCUACGGUCUCCAUGUUUUGACUGAAAGAGCACGAGAAGGGGGUUUCUUGCCUUAGGAGUGGUAAUCUUCCGGACAAUCUUUUACCUAGGGGUUUUAAAGAACCAUUUUGCUGGACUAACAUUGACACCAAGGGGAUUUUUAAAAUGACUUCUACAAACGAGGUUUCGAUUAAUCUCAUUGAAAGGUGGUGGAAUGAUGUCAAAGAAAACACUGAGAGGUAUAUUCAUGAUUAGAUAGGUCUGUGAGCAUUCAUUUUUCACUUUGAUUGUGCAUGAUAAAAACGGAAAGAUGCUUUGCUUCAGUCUGAUAUUUUUGACAUUAGCAUUUUUUAAUUGAUUUUCGGUGCCCUUAAAGAUUCAAUUAUAUAUCAUGGAAGACAUGCAUAAGAUAUUCAUUCUUUUGCUAAUUUAGUAGAAAAUUACGUCUUCAUUCAAUUUUAUACUCGAAGAAAGGGUAUAAUUCGGUUUUAAAAAAGUGUCUAAUUGUGAGAUUUUUUAAUACCGUGAAAUGGCCCUUCAUAAAACGUCAUAUAUCUGCAUUUACCAAUGUGGCUUGUAAAGUUCACAAUGUGGCUCAAAUCCACUGCCUAAUUUUAUAAGCCCCAUAUGGUCUCCUCUUAAUACCGUAGAGAAAUGUUUGGUUUUCCGUACGCGGAAAUUACACGGCUUGUAGUUCGAGAACCCUGAAUGCAAGUGUAACGGGAGGUCGGUUUCAAAAUUAUUCGGGAAUUGGAAAGUUUUUUAAUAUCGAACUAUACCCUUUCUUCGAGCAUAAAAUUGAAAGAAGACGUAAUUUUCUACUGAAUGAGCAAAAAUGGAUAUUUUUCUGCAUGUUUUCCAUGAAAUACAAUUGAAUCAUUAAGGAUAUCGAAAAUCAAUAAAAAAUGCAUGCUAAUUAAGUAGUCAUUUUUUACGGAGUUUGGUUUUAGGGUGCAGCCAGAAAGACGUUUGCUCUAAAGCCAGCGUCGUGGGGUAACUGAAUUAUUAUAGAAUUAUGCUGCACGAUGAUUGGUUUUACAACCUUACUUAAUGAAUCUUUUCGAAACAAAAACGCAUUUCGGAGUUUCUGUUGAGAUUUCAUGAAUUAGCGCACCUACUGUACCUUAUUUGCAGUGUUCAUUCUUCUUCCGGCCUAUGCGAUAUUUUAUCAAAAUUGCCUGCAUGCUCGACCCCAUGUUCGAGAACACAUUUGGCCUGUUUUGCCCAACGAGUGUCAUCGAGAUUUUUUGUGCCAGCACGACAACUAUAUCCGCCUAGUGCAUUUACGGUCUUGAUGUUUUGACUGAAAGAGCACGAGAAGGGAGUUUUUUGCCUUAGGAGUGGGAAUCUUCCGGAUUUACAGAACCAUUUUGCUGGACUAAAAUUGACACCAAGGGGAGUUUUAAAAGGACUUCUACAAACGAGGUUUUGAUUAAUCUCAUUGAAAGAUGGUGGAAUGAUGUCAAAGAAAACACUGAUAGGUAUAUUCAUGAUUAGAUAGGUCUGUGAGCAUCCAUUUUUCACUUUUAUUGUGCAUGAUAAAAACGGAGCAAUGCUUUGCGCCAGUCUGAUAUUUUUGACAUUUUUUGUCUUCAGGACCUUCUGGUACUCCUUGAUCUUCUCGGGGCAGCAAACACACAGUUUCCUCGCUACCCGCAUUGCGAUGAGUCCAUUUAUCGGAUGAUGAUCGACAUCGGUAUGUUCCCCUGAUUACUUGCGUUCAUUACUCUCUUCCAAAACACUGUUCUUGCCUUGUUUCCUUCUUGAAUUAUUAGAUUUCACGAAAGAUAGGAGAACCGAGAACUUUUUCUAUUUAGGUGGAAAUCUGUGGUUGAUGGAGCUCAUGCCCUCAAGGGGAUGUUUUGAGCUUAUUCCCCUCUAUAUAAUGCUUCGUCCCUGUCUCAUCGGAGACCAGAUAAGUAGCACGAUGUGUUCUUCAUAUAAAUCCGAUUAAGUUACUAAUUUUUUUACGACGAGCCUGUUUAGGUCAGCCCCGUCGGGAGAUGAUGGUGUCUGUUUUCGGUGGUGCUUAGAUAUGCAGUGUCCUCAAACUCCCUGUACAGUUAAGAGCUACUGCUGGGCAGCAGUUGCAUAAAUCUCGCAGCAAGGGAUGCAUUUAAAAGGUAAUGACGUUAAUACUGAUUAGAACAUCGCCUUGUGAGGGCAGACCAUACAGACAUAGGACGCGAGACUGGAUGGAAUCGCGCUUACUAGGCUUGCCUCGUGAUUCCGGACGAACAUUCGGUCCGAGUUUCAAAGGCCUGCUUUGGGCGGGAGGAAGAACCUUCUGUUGAUUAACACAGCUGGCGAAUUAUGAUCGGCGGUUUUAUGAUUUUCUUCAAGAGGUACACGAAAUUUCCGCAUUUUCUACUCAUUUUUACAGGAAACUGCGUGAUUACUUUGGUACCUGAUGCAAAGGAAUGUCCCGUCAGCGAAAACUCUCAACCUCAAUUUUUAGGACUUUCACACGAGUAUUUACAUGGUUUAACAUUUGCAGGUCUAUAUAAGGAGGUCACAGGUAACGCAGUAUGAGUUACACGUGUUUAAAUAUAUCACGAGCGUCAGGACGUUUUUGUUUUAUGUGACAUUCUGUCCGGAGUGAAUGCACCUUAUGUGUUUUGGAGACGAGCAAACGACGGUUCAGACUGUGUUUCAGGUGAUAUAGGAUUUCUGUGCUCUUAUGCCACAAUAUUCCGCAUCGUCCGACACCAGAUUAUCGGCAGCUAUGACUUCCUACCAAUCGUAUACAAGAGGCGAAAACAUUAUGCAUCACUUCCAGGCAAUUUAUAUGAGUAUCAGAAAUCGAUGGGCGGCAUCUGCUAGUUAAUUGCUUAUUUUAUGAGGUAUGGAGAGGUCUACGACGAAAACCUAACUUGCGCAGUUGUAUGAACUGACUAAAGAUCACUUACUAUUGCAAUCAGCGCCGCAAUACACGUUAACGGUAGAUUAUCCCGGAAACGGUAUUUACGAAUUUCAAUGUUUCCGGGCUUUGGCGCCCUCGAUAUGUGUGACGUAUAUCUUAUCCUUAUCACCUCGUCGGUCCCGCUUAUUACUACUGACUUGACUGUCUCCAGGUCCAUCAUCGUUCCCCAUCUCACUCAUCUGAUUUACACUUCAGUCCGUCGGACCCUCCCUGAAUCGUGAACCAGGGCAUCACAGUGCGUAUUGCGUCCACACACUGUCAGACUUCUGGGUUGCAUUCGACUAAGUAACAAGCGUGUGCGAUUAAUGUUUACGUUAGCUUAGCAGCGGUAGCGUAGUCACUACACUCCGUCUCAAGUGGCACACACGAUGGGCUUUGACUUUUUGAGAGCUCUGAAUAAAUAGCACAGUCUGCGUGCCGUCGAACAGCAGCUUCCCGCAAAUAACACUGCACGCUCCACUUAUUGUUCGAGUCCUAAACAACUUUGUUAAAUGAUUUCUAGCUAUCUAAACAAAAUAAGUAGCGAUUAUGUAGCAGUAAGUUACAGGGAUGCCUAGCAUCUGUCGCCUUUUGGACUUACGUGUAGUUAAGGAACUGCAUUUCCAGCAGUUUUCCCGUCGGCUACCCGGCCGCAUUUUUGGCUAUUUGUCUAUCGGGGAACCAGUUUACCCAUUGGAAUAACAAAUCGGAAAUCUACUAACAGUAGUUUAUUUGCCUCAUUAGACCAGUAAGAAUAAGUACUUCUCAAUUUUUCCUGCUUUCGUAAUUUUACUCAGCAUGCCUUAAACAUUCGGUCUGUGGAACAUGUUGCGAACGAAACGGUUUGAUAAAUACUGAGCCAUAUGUUGCUCCAGCUUGGCUCUGUUUUACCGGCAUCUGUCCAAUUCGCUCAGUAGUGGUUCCCGCAGCCAAUUCUCCUGCCUAAGUCCUGCCUUGUCUCCCCCCGCCCUGCUCUAGAAUCGACUGCAGCCCGCGCAAACCUCCUGACUGAACCGCGUUUUACGAAGUCUGGCGCCUCCUUUUUCUACAACAUCACGAUGAACGGUAUUGAGGACGACCACUUACCUUUCAUUAGGAGGGGUAAGUCCAGAACCCAUUUUCUGGAUCAGCAUUAUCUCCUUCUGUCUAGAACAUUAUGUCUGUGCGAUUUUCGUAGCCGUAGACUCACUAAAAACGUUGAAUCCACCGACGAGUGAACCGCGUCGGCUCAUCCCUCCUCCUCCUCCUCCUCCUCCGCCGACAGUGUUAGACCCCAACGUGAGCAGAUCAUUCUAUUGGACAGCUACGAAGCCUACUUCUGCUUCUAUUGAUCAAUUCUGUCAUUUUGUCUUCUCCCUCUGUUCUAUCUCCACACUUGGACCUGCUCCACCUGUUCGUCGUCAUCUGCACUCUCUUAUUUUCCAGACAGACUGCGCUUCGGCCCAGCAGCCACGUGUUGAUACUGGAUCGGCCGCCGUCCAAACGACCGCCCUUUGGUCAUUUUGUUACAGGUUCCCGUUGAUAAGGGCGACGGACAAAAUGCCACAGAGACAUCUUGAAAACCAUAGUUAGCUGUUUCGGAGUCCACAAGGAGUGCCGAUAAACCACUACACCGAACCAGAAGACCUGACAAACUGCCUUUAAAAGUGAAGUAGCAAUAUUUGAACCUGCUUGAACCGGGGGGGGGGGAGAGACAACGAAGAGACAAAAACCCAGAAUCGGAGUACUUUGGAACGAUACUGUUGGCGUCUAUUAUUUUCCCAUAUAUCCUUAUUGGGAACGCACAUUCUAGUUCCACAUUGGACCUGUGGGACGCAUUCGUAUUCUCCGUGGCAUCGCUAACAACAGAGUUGACACUAGUUUGACGAGCAUCGAAACGUUGACAAACUUCUACUAAUCUGUCCAUGCUAUGAAUGCACUUUUCGGCCUCUGAUACAUCCGCGUCAACUUCUAUAUAACCAAUACUACCUCGGACGAACGUUGCCACUGGCGUUUAGAACACUUCAGUCCCAGUCCCAGCCAGCCUAUCUGUCCGUAUGACGUCUGCUGUUCGACAGUGGGGCACUGGACUGAGUGUUCGAUGUGGCGGUUGCGAAAUCUCGACCAAUGCUGGCGCCACCAACGGCCAUUUCUACAAUUGAAUAUCUGGACUUGUCCCGCCGGUUCGACGUCCAGCUAGACUACUCGCCUGCGACAGCUGUUUCCUAUCCGACAAUGACGACUCUGACCUACUUCGACUUGCUGCAUGCUAAGAAAAGGCUUGUUGGCUACCUACCUCCACCAGAAUUCUCAAAUCACCAUCAAAACUACACAAUCCUGCAAGUUGAGAAGGAUCUAUCUCAUUCGGUGCCUCCAUUCACUUUCGUUAUUCCUGUCGGCGAAACGAUGGCAAAAAAAUGAACCACAAAGACGUUUGGAGAUUAAAGUCCUUUCUUGGAUGUGUCUUUCCUGUGUUUAGAGUAGAUUUUAUUAUUGUAGAGGGGCUCCCACCGAUCGUUCUUACGGAACUCACUCGUUCCGUUGUGCCUUACGGGCUCUCUCUCCAGCCCAACCAGCGGCCGCACAGCGGUGGAUGAUAUAGGAAGAAUGGUAUUACCGACAAAGACAAGGCAAACUGGAAUGGCCAUUUCUGGCUUAUUAGCCGUUGCCAGCCAGUCAUACCUAACCCCGAAGUGUGGAACACCCGAGGCUCGAACUCGCGACCUGUUAGUUAGACGUCCAGCGCCUCUGACCACUGAGCCACGGGAACGUUGUCCUGUCGGUUGCGAUCGGGAAUAUUUAAUGGUAGAGGGACGCUCACUUCGGUGUUGGGCAUGACUGGCUGACGACGGUUAAUAAGUCAGAAAUGGCCAUUCCAGUCUCCCUUGUCUUUGCAGGUAAUACCAUGCUGCCCAGAUUUUAAUAUGUUCUUCAAAUCCACUAAUAGCUAAGACGUACUCGUUUCCUUUUGAGCAAUGGUCCUGCGUGUAGGGUCCUGCUUAGGGUGUAGUACUGCGGAGUCGGUUGGGAGUGACCUCUACCGAUCUUAUCUGGUUGCAGAACAGAGUGCGAACGCCCAGUUCUGCCUUAUACGGAGCUCCCCCAACGGCCGUCACCGUCGCCAGCCAACCAGUCGCAGCACAAACGCUUCAGUGCUGAAUCGCAUCUGAGUUCAGAAAUUUAUAGAUGUUUUGGCAGAUUUUUUGAGUAAUUCAUUCUGACCCAACUGUUAAAAAUUCAGCGCCUCGGUGGGAUUCGAACCCACGCAUUAAAAGUAAGGCUUUAUUACAGGCAACGCUCUAACCACUUCAGCUACGAGGCCCCGCCGGACGACACGAGUUUAAUCACAUUCGGGUCAAGUUUACCCGCCCAACCUACUGCAAAGUCUAGAAUCCACCAAAUCCAAUACAGUAAGUUGACUGCCCAACAUCUAUGAAUUACGUGAGUCUGGUAGUCAUCUGGUGGAUUCUAGGUGAGUUACUUAGGAAAUCCUGCUUGGACAGUCAACUUACUAUAUCAGGUUUGUUGGAUUCCAGACGUUGCAGUCAGUUGGGCGGCUAACUUGAUCCAAAUAUGAUUAAACUCUCGUCGUCCGGCGGGGCCUCGUAGCUCAAGUGAUUAUAGCGUUGGCUGUAAUAAACCCUUCCCUUUACUGCGUGUGUUCGAAUCCCACCGAGGCGCCGAGCUUUUCACAAUUGGGUCAACAUGACUUCAGAAAGCCCGAACAUGCUCGACUGCAUCCCUAUUUUCAAACUUCGACGAGACCAGCGAAGAGUGAGUUCCAGCGCAGGCCGGAGAGAAUUCAUAAGAUUUUAACCUCUUGAAGGAAGCUGUUUCUCCACAUCGGUGUGCAUCAUUUUGAUUUGUCUCUUGAAUUUCAGGUGUUCCCGUUCUGCACCUCAUUCCUCUGCCAUUCCCCCCUCAAUGGCACACUCUACGGGAUAAUAUAGAGAACGUGGAUAUGAGGACCGUGCGGGACCUGCAGUUAUUGGUCGCCGGCUUCGUUUCCCGGUAUCUUGUGCUCAACCCGGUGGCCUGA